AUGUUGUCAUAUCCAUGGUGUGCGUUUGGAAAAUGGCAUAAAAAAGACACAGUCCAGGAUCACUUGCUUUUAAAGCCGUUUCCCAAGAACUAUCUUGUUUGGAAUCGUCAUGGUGAGAUACAACCUGUUGAGUCAAGUAGUAUAGAAGUGCAAGCGACACCAUAUCAAGAGAAUCCAUUAAACACAUUAAUCAAUGAUGUAUUCGGCCACCAUGGGGAUGAAGGUAUAACGGGAGUGAAUGAUGUAGUUAUAGACAAUGGAGGCGAAGACAUCGCAAAUGAAAGAUUACAUGAAGCCUCUUUUGAUGAUGGUAGCGAGUUCAAUGAAUUUGUAAGAGACGGAAAUGAAAAGUUGCAUGAGAGCAGUAAAUGCACAAAGUUGGAGUUUAUAAUUAAAUUGUAUCACAUAAAGGUUUUGUGUAGAAUAAGUGAUAAGGCCAUGACUAUGAUAUUGAAUUUGUUGAGAGAUACAUUUGGUGGAAUACAGUUGCCUUCUAGUUUUUAUUUGGCCAAGCAAAUAACGUACAAGACACAUGCAAGUAUUGCGGUAUAUGUAGAUGGAGCCCUAAGAAAAAAAAAGAAAAAGCAAGCUGCAAAAGUUUUGCGAUACUUUCCACUGAAGCCAAGGUUAAAAAGAUUAUAUAUGUCUAGCAAGACGGCUGAGCACAUGCAAUGGCAUAAUUCUGCACCUGCAAGAGAUGGAUUACUGAGACAUCCAAGGGACGGCCAAGCAUGGAAGGAUUUUAAUGCAACGCACACUUUGUUUGCCGAAGAGCCACGAAAUAUUUGCUUAGGUCUUGCAACUGAUGGUUUUAAUCCCUUUGGAGCCUUGAGUUCUACUAAUAGCGUUUGGCCUGUGUUCCUGAUUCCAUACAAUCUUCCACCUUGGAUGUGUAUGAAUCACACUUUGUUCAUCUUAUCAAUGAUUAUUCCAGGAAAGAAGUCUCCAGGAAAUAAGAUAGAUGUGUACUUGCAGCCCCUUAUAGAUGAAUUGAAAGAUUUGUGGAAUGAUGGUGUGGAGACCUUUGACUCAUCAUCUGGAAACACAUUUAGAAUGCAUGCAUCUCUUAUGUGGACAAUAAGUAAUUUUCCUGGGUUAGAAGCACAGAGGAGCGUGGUCCACCUAAGAAGUUAUCAGGUGUUGACAUUCUUGAACAACAACAGGAUGUUGAAACAUGAGAUCAGCAACGAGAAGAAUCCCAUAGUAGUGGGAAGAGACCUUGACGAGAAGUCAAGCAGUGGAACAAGCGAAGCAUUUUCUUUGAUCUUCCGUACUGGAAAACCAAUUCGUUGCGUCAUAAUCUGGACUUUAUGCACAUUGAGAAGAAUGUGUGAUAACAUUUUGUAUACUUUGCUUAAUGAUAAAGCAAAAUCAAAGGACAAUCUCAAGGCAAGGAAGGAUUUGAAAGAAAUGGGCAUAAGGCGAGAUCUCUGGCCACGUGACAAUGGAUCAUAUCAUUCAUCUUUAUUUUCACUAACACGUGAUACGAAGAAGUUAUUUCUUUCAGCUUUGAAGAAUGUUGUGCUACCAGAUGGAUAUUCAAGUAACAUUUCGAGAUGUGUUGAUGAAGGACAGAAAAAAAUAUUUGGAUUGAAAAGUCACGACUGCCAUAUUCUUUUGGAGGAAUUAUUACCAAUAGCAAUUCGUCAUUUACUGUCAGAUCAUGUUACCGCGGUAUUGGUUGAGUUUGGCUCAUUCUUUAAGAUCCUUUGUGGGAAAAGCUUAAGUACUUCUAAACUUGACAAGCUCCAACAACGCAUAGUGAUCGUCCUUUGCCAAUUGGAAAUGUUAUUCCCUCUGUCAUUCUUUACCGUUAUGGUUCACUUGACAGUCCAUCUAGUAGAGGAAGCAAAGCUCGGAGGUCCAGUGCAUUAUCGAUAUAUGUAUCCUAUUGAGAGGGAGUUAGGCCAUCUAAAAUCCCAUGUACGAAAUAGAGCACAAGCAGAAGCGUCUAUAGCCGAAGGAUAUCUAGCUGAGGAAUGUCUCACUUUUUAUUCUCGCUAUUUUGAGGAUAUAGAGACAAGGUUCAAUAGACCUAGACGUGUUUGUGAUGACCCACUUGACAGGGGAUGCUCAGAAUCUUGUCUCUUUCCGACGGUGGGUAAAGCAGGGAGUUCUGGUACAUUUUUUACUUUAAGUGAGAAGCAAAAGCUACAAGCCCAUAGAUAUGUUUUACUAAAUUGUCAAGCCGUCAAGGAUUAUGUGAAUGAAUUUAGGGAAUACAUAAUAAGAAGCUCAAAGGGAAGGAGACCGAACUCCACAGACAUAGAGAAGAGAGUGUUUAAGGAUUUUGUUUCGUGGUUUGAAAAACGAAUAAUGAACCCGGAUAUCAUAGAACAGCUGUCUACUGACAUAAAAUUUUUAGCACGAGGCCCAUUAUCAAAUGCAACGAGAUAUAGUGCUUAUAAAAUUAAUGGUUGCACAUUUCGAACUGUUGCUCGUGAAGAAGGUUUGAGGACACAGAAUAGUGGAGUGUAUUUAACAUCUAGCACACCAUGUGUUGCAAGUCGAGUUGACAGAAAUUUAAGACAAGGUGAUGUACCUUAUUAUGGGAAGUUGGAGGAUAUAAUUGAGCUUAGCUAUUAUGGGCCCAUUCAUACCGGUGAACAUGAAGAAGACGAGCCUUAUAUUUUAGCGUCACAAGCAUCAAUGGUGUACUAUGUAAAUGAUGUCGUUAACAAAGGAUGGAGUAUUGUUGUCCAUUUAAAACCAAGAGAUUUGUAUGAAAUGGGUUAUGAAAUUGAAGAGGCUGCAGAUGAGGAUGAGCCACAUCAAGAGCAGGCUCUUGAUCAAUUUUUUGGUAACAGUGAUGAAUACAUGCAGUUGGCAACAAACCAAUUGAUUGAUGACGUAGUUGACUGA